AUGUGCGCAUUGAUUUGUCGCACUGAGAUGGAUUCCAGUCGUUUGUCUGCUUCUCUGCAAACCUUGAAGACAGUUUUGCGGACCACGAUUUGCCGUGCUGCGCAGCAAGGUUUGGCUGUGCCAGGUGGGUUGCAUGUCGAGGUGUUGCCCUCGACCUUCGCAGAACUUCCGGAUGUGGUUCGCCAACAUUUAGUUGGCGUUGCUAUUGUGGCGCCGCCAGAUACAGUGAAUGUAGCGGAGGUGCUGCAACAUGCCAAAGGCAUUCCUUUGCGCAACACUCAUAGGUCAGUUGCACUGCAGAGGCAGAUGCAACAGCCUUUGCAGUUUGGAGGAGCUGCUGGAGUAAUGUCCAACCAGCUUGUCGAAGCUGCUGCAUUAGUGGCAUCCGCGGCCUUGCGCAUGCCUGUUGCUGAGACUCAGGGAGGUUUGUCGAAUUUGCAGAUUUUCCCGGGGAAUCGUUUGGUUCCAAGCAAUGGAUCACAGCCUCGUCAAUUGCAGAACUUGUUGCAGCGGCAUGAGAUGGAAGCUGCAUCUGUGGCCUCGGUUGCAAUGCCCGCACCAGCGCAAGCUCCGCUUGCGAUUAUGGACGGGCGCCCUGAAGCAGCGCAGCAGGGGAAUGUUGCGGGUGUGGAAGGACAGCCAAGUGCCUCACGCGCUGACAUUGCUCAGCCAUUGGUGACGGGAGACAGCAUUCGAGACGUUCAGGAGUUGCCAAGAGCAGCGAAAGACGAUGGGGAGGCUCCACGAGCUGAUGCGGUGCUGGAACAAGAGGCGGUGAAGCAAGCGCCUCCACAAGUUGCUUCUGCCGUGGCUCUAUUGGCUAAGGCGCACUAUCGAGAAGAUUUGGACAUGGAGCCACGGCCUCCGAACCCGCGUGGUAGACCGCCGAACGUUUUGAAGCGCCCCGCUGCAAAGCCGGGCAUGCCGAACGCAAAGAAGAAGCCUGCGGCUGCUGUGAGCUCUCCAUCUGUUUCGAUUGAGGAGACGUCACGUCAAGUUGUUUCUAUGAAGAAGCCAUCUGCAAAACAGAUGCCUCAGAGUAAGCCAUCUGUGCAGAAAACAGUGACCAAAGCACAGCGCAUGAGGUGUUUUGGCUUUGCUGUGAAUUUUUUGUUGCUUUGCCCGUUUUCUGUCGGCAUGGCUGCAUCAAGCUCAAUGGAAGUGAAAGAAAUCACUUUGACAACCUGUGAGGACGGUACAAUUGCGGUUGUCAGUGGUCCGCAGCGAGUGGAAAUCGAUAGCAAAGCUUUGGAGGAAGUGUGGAAGGAAAAAGAACCGGAAGUCGCGCCAGUGACUCCGGAAGUGAUGCCUGUCGUUGACAAGACGGAGAGGAAAGAGCCACAGCCAUGUCUCCAGGGAUGGCGACGCACUGUUCAUGCUGCUGCGAAAGAGUGCAUGAAGGAGAUAGAGGAACGCGUUGAGUGCGCAGAAGAGUUCAACGACUUAGAUGAUUAUCCAAUUUAUCAAAAGCUUCUUGCUUUAACUGAUGCUCUGCGGAUGGAUCCGGAUCUUGACAGAAAGGCUGCAGAUGAGACACUCGAUCUGGCGCGCAUGUACUUAUACUUGUACGUUUCGCCUACGGGCAAGCGACGAAGCUGCGCCUGCGGGCCAGCUGCUCCAAGCUUCGCCUGCGGGCAAGCUGAGAAGCUUCGCCUACGGGCAAGCUACGAAGCUGCGCCUGCGGGCCAGCUGCUCCAAGCUUCGCCUGCGGGCAAGCUACGAGGCUGCGCCUGCGGGCCAGCUAGCUUCGCCUACGGGCAAGCUGAGAAGCUUCGCCUGCGGGCGAGCUACGAAGCUGCGCCUGCAGGCCAGCUGCUGCAAGCUUCGCCUGCGGGCAAGCUGAGAAGCUUCGCCUACGGGCAAGCUACGAAGCUGUGGAACUACAGCAUGGCGUCGUCGAGCGUGUCUCGCAGUCGCUCGGCAAAGCGCAGUCCGAGCCGCAAGAAAGAAGAAGACGAGAAGCCUUCGAAGCCUGAGAAGUCGGAGGCGCCGUCUGCUGCGCCAGAAGCCACAGAAGGGGAAAAGCCAGGACGCUGGGACGAAUGGAAGCAAGAGGUGCCGGAGAAGAAAGAAACGAGGAAGGAUUCUUUCGAGGACAAAGCGCGUGCUGUGCGAACCCGCUCUGCUGGUGGAGGAGCGGUUCGCAAUCGCCGCGCUGCUGGCACGCCUGGGACGUUUGAAUGUCCUGA